AUGGAACCAGAUUACGAGGAGGAUGACGACCAUGUAUACAUCAAUGAGGAGACAGAGCUGGGACGCGAGAAUGUGGUGAUAUCGCACGCGCCACGCGCGCGCAUCGUGCCUCCGCUCAACUUCUGUCCCGUGGAGCGUUAUUUGUACCGCUCCGGUCAGCCCUCCACCGUGAACUUCCCGUUUCUACUGGAUCUCAAACUCAAAACGAUCAUCUGGCUGGCAAAUGAAGAGCCUCAGGACGCGCUGCUGGAGUUCUGCGAUGCGCAUGCGAUUCAGCUACAAUUUGCUACCAUUAACCCAGACGGCGGCGAGGAUGACAAUCCUUGGGAUGGUCUCACAGAGCACUCAAUCAUCAGUGCUUUGCGCACCAUCGUCAAUGUCGAGAGCUACCCGCUGCUCGUGUGCUGCGGCAUGGGCCGCCACCGCACGGGUACUGUGAUCGGUUGCUUGAGACGUAUCAUGGGCUGGAAUCUGGCCAGCGUCUCGGAGGAGUACCGUCGUUUUACUGGAAGCAGAGGCGGCCGGAUUCUUGUAGAACUACUAAUCGAAGCAUUUGACACUCAGUUAGUCGAGAUCGACCGCGCUAAGGCGCCGCAAUGGCUGUUGACCGCAGUCUAG